GGCUGCGCAAGCACGACGUUUGCUUUCUGAUCACGGUGCGGCCCAACCUGCUCUUCGGCACGCGCUUUGACCGCCGGCAGCCAUUUGUGGAUCAGGCCGGGCUUGUGUACGUGAGAGGCUGUGAGGUGCAGGGCAUGCUGGAUGAUAAGGGCCGCGUCAUAGAGGAAGGUCCUGAUCCGAAGCCCAAAUUAAAAGGUGACACCAGGACGUUCCGGAUAUGGCUCGACCCAAACCAGUACCAGCAGGACAUGACCAACAGCAUCCAGAACGGAGCAGAAGACCCCUACGAGACCUUCAAUAUCAUCAUGAGACGCAAACCCAAAGAGAACAACUUCAAGGCCGUGUUGGAGACCAUUCGUAACCUGAUGAACACCGAGUGUGUGGUGCCCGACUGGCUUCACGACAUUAUUCUGGGUUAUGGAGAUCCUGGUAGUGCUCAUUACUCAAAGAUGCCUAACCAGAUUCCCUCUCUGGACUUCAACGACACCUUCCUGUCCAUCGAGCACCUGAAGUCCUGUUUCCCCAACCACACGGUGAAGGUGACCGAGGAAGAUCCCGCUCGACAGGUCCCGCCUUUCAGAAUUCGAUUCCCUGCACAGAAUGCGAAGGGUAAAAAGCGUAAAGCAAAUGAGGAGGAGAAGCCAGAUGAGGAAGAUCUCACGCUGGUGGUGGAGCCUCAUGUGAUUCCCAACAGGGGCCCGUAUCCCUACAACCAGCCCAAGCGAAACACAAUCCAGUUUACAUCAACCCAGAUUGAAGCCAUACGUGCAGGGAUGCAACCGGGACUUACUAUGGUUGUUGGUCCUCCCGGCACAGGAAAAACAGACGUGGCCGUUCAGAUCAUCUCCAACCUGUACCACAACUUCCCCGAGCAGAGGACGCUUAUCGUCACACACUCGAAUCAGGCUCUGAACCAGCUGUUUGAGAAGAUUAUGGCAUUAGACAUUGAUGAGCGUCACCUUCUGCGUCUGGGACAUGGAGAAGAAGAACUAGAGACUGAGAAAGAUUUCAGCAGGUAUGGAAGAGUGAACUAUGUUCUGUCUCGCCGUCUGGAGCUCCUGCGAGAGGUGGCGCGUCUGCAGGAGAGUCUAGAUGUUCCUGGUGACGUCUCCUACACCUGUGAGACUGCUGGACAUUUCUACCUCUACCAGGUAAUGUCACGCUGGGAGGAAUACAUGAGUAAAGUGAAGCCAAAACCCAGCCGAGAGGUGAAGACGGAGGAGGUGGCGUCACACUUCCCCUUCCAUAAGUACUUCUCCAACGCUCCUCAGCCGGUGUUUAAGGGCCAGUCGUAUCAGGACGACAUGGACAUCGCUGAGGGCUGCUAUUGCCACAUCCGCAAGAUCUUCACCCAGCUGGAGGAGUUCAGGGCGUUUGAGCUGUUGCGCAGCGGACUGGACCGAUCCAAAUACCUGCUGGUGAAAGAGGCCAAGAUCAUCGCCAUGACCUGCACACACGCCGCCCUCAAACGCCACGACCUGGUGGAGUUGGGCUUCAAGUAUGAUAAUAUCCUGAUGGAGGAGGCAGCUCAAAUCCUGGAGAUUGAGACCUUCAUCCCGCUACUGCUACAGAAUCCAGAGGACGGCUACAGUCGACUCAAACGCUGGAUUAUGAUUGGUGAUCAUCAUCAGUUGCCUCCUGUCAUUAAGAACAUGGCCUUUCAGAAAUAUUCAAACAUGGAGCAGUCACUUUUUACUCGCUUUGUGCGUCUGGGUGUCCCUACUGUAGACUUGGACGCCCAGGGCAGAGCACGGGCCAGUCUGUGUAACCUGUAUAACUGGCGCUAUAAGCAGCUGGGGAACCUCCCUCAUGUUCAGCUCCAGCCCGAGUUCCAGACACCGAACCCUGGAUUCACCUACGACUUCCAGCUCGUUAAUGUGGAGGACUUCAACGGCGUGGGGGAAUCUGAACCCAACCCAUACUUUUAUCAGAAUCUGGCGGAGGCCGAGUAUGUGGUGGCGCUGUACAUGUACAUGCGUCUGCUGGGAUAUCCUGCUGAACGCAUUAGCAUACUGACCACCUACAACGGCCAGAAACACCUGAUACGAGACGUCAUCAACCAGAGAUGUGCCAGCAACUCCUUCUUCGGACAGCCCAGUAAAGUGACCACAGUGGACAGGUUCCAGGGUCAACAGAACGAUUACAUCAUCCUCUCGCUGGUCCGCACCAAAGCCGUAGGACAUUUGAGAGAUGUGCGCCGUCUGGUUGUGGCCAUGUCUCGUGCGAGGCUCGGCCUCUACAUAUUUGCUCGAGUGUCUCUCUUCCAGAACUGCUACGAGCUGACGCCAGCCUUUAGCCAGCUGACCGCCCGACCCCUGCAGCUGCACAUCCGGCCCCAUCAAUACUACAGCUCUACGGAGGAGCGAUCCCGGCCUGAUCAGGUGGUCAAGAACAUGCCGGAGAUGGCUAACCUGGUUUACAACAUGUACAUGCACAUGAUUCAGAGCAUGCAGCAGCACAGACAACAGCAGCAGCUCCUGGAUCCUCCUCGUCAGCUGCUGAGCUCAGAGGAGCCCAUGGAGGCCGAUGAAGAGUGUCCCGAGACUCCGAGUGAAGAGCAGCAGCCGACGGCCGCUGAGGAAGAGGAGGGACAGACGAAGAAUGAUGAGGAAGAGCAGGAUCAUACCAAAAUGCCUGAACACCCAGGCCGAGACAGCGACAGCGGCGACAGUGAUGAGGAUGGAGAGGCCUAGAGAACCUCAUUCACCUGCAGAUGGUUUUGUUGUUUUUUUUAGAUUAUUACCGUUUACCAUUACAUUGAGAGUUGAAUGUUCAUUCAUCUUUUGUAAGAGGAAUUUUGUAAUAAAAAUUAAUAAAA